AUGGCGGACUCAUUUCCACUUGGUUCUCCCCCGGAUUUCGAGAAUGAGAACGACGACUUAGAUUCUCUUUUCGGCGGUGACAAUUUCGACGACGAUCUGGGAGGCGACGCGGAGGGCUUCCUGGCCGGACUUAACCCGACUUCCCACUUUAUGGAAGUCGGCGCCGCUGCCGAGUCUUCGCAUGCGCUCGAUCGUGAGCGCACAACUUCUUUGCCGCAACGACCGCCCCAAGAGGCGACUAACUCGGUGCCGCAGCUCGCCCUCCCUGGUCGAUUCGCUGAACUGACGGCCGCAAAUGCGCAACCGUCGCAGCAACUGGCCCUCCCUCCCUCGGCUCCGCAACUGCCGUUGCCCACAAUCCCUGAUCCUCCUGCCGCCUUUUUAUCGCGCCAGGACGGACACACUUCAGGCGAUUUCGUGGUUAGUACCCAGAGUUUUGCUUUUAGCGCACCCGGCCCUCAACCGUCAGGAACAUUGGCUGAAGAGGAGUUUGAUGAAGCGGCCCUUGAAGCCGAGCUCUCAACCCUCUUCGCGAGCGAUCAAGUUACCAACGAACAACCAAUUAAUGCUCAAGACUCAGGAAGCGGACCGAACGACGCGAUUGAGGUCGACGACGAUCUCCUGACGACAGAAAUUCCGGGCUUCCGCUACAAAGAUAGCGCCACCAACUCCUUCGUGCGUCUACCCCGCCGCAUUCAUCUGAAUCCGAAUCUCGCCGAGGAAUUCAAUCGGAGGACCAAGGUUGACGUCCUUUACAGCCACCUUGAGCUGUCCGUCCCCGAGGGCAAACGUUUUAGCGACGAGCUCAAGAGGGCUCUCAGAGAACCACACCUGGUAAAAUACAUCGAGCACCCCAACUCGCGCGGCCUAGACACCAAGAAACUCCUCAUUAGGGUUGGCCUUCAUCUGCUCGUGGAGCAAAACUGGGGCCGCACUUGGUUCCGCCAGAACAAGCAGGGAACGCCGCAAAGGAAGUACGUGUGGCCAGAAAACUCGACAGUGCUCCUUGCUGGGCUUGUUAUGCUCCUAUAUCGAGUAUACACCAACCAGAAGCAGAUGUAUCAGAUCAGAGUGCGCGCCGAGGCCUCAGUCCAAAGCCAGGUUCAGGCCCAGAUGGCAAACUCGGGCGCCGCCCCCUCGCCGUCGAUCUCGGCCCCGUCUGCACCCGCCGCGUCUACGCCCGCCUCCCCGCCGCGGGCCCCGUCCACUUUCCCCGCCGCCUCCGAGGGCCAGUCCUUCUUUCAUGCCCUUUCCAAAGAUGUGACCGUGGGCAAAAAGCGCAAGCAUACUGAGGCGCUGAUGGGCUUAGGCGAGGAGCAGGAAAGCGAGCUGGUGGUCCCGGCCAACGCUAGGCUCAAAUACUACAUCUACGUCAAGGACAAGGCGGAUGCUGUCGAUUUUAUGCCGCCCACCAUCUAUCGACACACCGAUUUCAUGAUUUCCCGCGGUGCGUUUUCGAGCCUCAAGGCCGCCUUCGAGGCCGACGGCCACGCUCCCGAGUGCGUGAUCCAGACCCCGCAUGGUCGAAAGAAGAUCAACACAGAGGAAGAGUGGAAUGCGGCAGUAUUGAGCAUUUACGAAAGGAGGCGCUCGGGUGGGGUAGUUGAGGUGGACGUUUAUGUUUGA